AUGCCAACGGCGCCUGAGGACCGGAGUUUCCACUUCUUCUCAUCGCCCGCGGAUUCUCCAGGACCUGACGAGCCGCAGUCCACCAAUAGCCUGCGGCUCGCACCCCCAAGGAAGUUGCCGCCACCCGCCACCGUACAAACUACAGAGUACAAACACACUCGCCAUCUCCCCGAAUUUCCGCUGCACUUGGCCCUCUUGGUCACCGUCGGCGUCAACAAAGCGAGAAAUUACGGAUCUCCAUCGUCCGGGCGCGGCGACGACAAGCACCAGAGUGGCGCCAUGUCGACAUCUCCACGAAUCGCAGUUCUGCGUUUGUGGCCGACAUCCUGUGCAAGGGUCGACCUAGGCGGACAAGCCCAACAACAGCCGCCGCCGUAA